UGGUUUGUGUGUGACGUCACUUGCUGGCCCCGCCUCCUCUUACAGUGCGCAGAGUACCGGAAGUUCCGCCCCGUCGUGAACUGGGACAGCAAGCGCACCCCCUACAGUGUAUGUGUGGCAACAACAUGUCUGUGCCGCUGCUCGCCGAGGCUGUGACGGUGUCCGGGACACAGAAGGAGACUGCGGCGGUGAUCUUCCUUCAUGGAUUAGGAGACACAGGGCACGGCUGGGCCGACUCUCUGACGGGGAUCCGGCUGCCUCACGUCAAGUUUAUCUGCCCUCACGCGCCUAAAAUCCCCGUCACUCUCAACAUGAGGGCCCUGAUGCCCGCGUGGUUCGACCUCAUGGGUCUGAGCCCCGACUCUCCAGAGGAUGAAGCCGGAAUCAAAAAGGCUGCAGAAAACAUUAAGGCCAUAAUCGAACACGAGGCCAGAAAUGGGAUUCCUCCUCACCGUAUAAUCAUCGGUGGAUUCUCUCAGGGUGGCGCUUUGUCCUUAUACACCGCUCUGACCUGCCAGCACCAGCUGGCCGGCGUGGUGGCCCUCAGUUGCUGGCUCCCUCUUCACAGGAGUUUCCCUUCGGCGUCAAGCGGCAACAAGAACAUCCCAAUCCUGCAGUGCCACGGAGAGAUGGACAUGAUGGUGCCUGCGCAGUUCGGCGCCAUGACGGCAGAGAAGCUCAAAUACAUAGUUAACCCUCAGAUGGUCACCUUUAAAACCUACCCAGGCGUUCAGCACUCCUCCUGUCCUGAGGAAAUGUUGGCUGUAAGGGAAUUUAUUGAGAAGUAUUUGCCCCGGAUUUGACCUUGCCUCAUUCCGACUGUGACGCCCUCCGAGACACUGACCUCUGACCCCUGAUCUGCUCUCCUGCAGGAAACAGCCAUGAGAACCCCCCACCUCCUCACACACACACACACACACACACACACACACACACACACACACACACACAUACGUACACACACAUUUAACAGGUAAUUUAAUCCGCGGAGCUGAACAGCGCUCUUCAUACAGUCCAACUUGUCGAGUCUCGGCGUUCGGAGGGAGAAACUCUCGCUGCACAUUCCCCCUUUUUUAAUUUAAAUCCUCCAUCUGUUGACUCUCUUCUUUUCCUUUUUUUUUUUACCUCAUCUUGUUUCCUUUUAUCAGCUUGUAUCACUCAUCGCCUCACUGCCACACUUCCUUUUGAGUUACUGGAAAACCAGCGAUGAGUCUGAGUCGCAUCAUCCAACCUGCUGGGGGCGCUGUCAGACUGGUCGGAUGUUUACAAACAGCUUUUGCUUCUCCACCUUUCGAUCAUUAGCUGCAGGUUUUAUAGGAAGUGAAAGGACGUAAAAUCUGUUUUAACUCUUUUGAGACAUUCUGACAGCCUUUAUAAACGACUAAAGCUGUUUGCAUUAAAGAAAACAACACAUUUUUAUUUAAAGGAUGUAAAAUCAGAUCAAAAUCUGAUGAAAACCAUUUCAGGUAUGAAAUAUGCAGCAAUGUUGGUCACAUUCCCACAUCAAAAUCUGCAGUAUUCGUUCGUAGCUCCUAAAUUUGUCCAAUUUGAACACCUGCAAAGUUGUAGCAUAGCAACAGUAAGCAGCGUACUGAUGACCCUGACUGUCCGCUUUGAGUCUGAGCAGAAACAGCAGCUUAGAAAGAAAAACUUAAACUCCUUUUUAAUUUAUUUUGAUUUUAAUAACAAGAAACGCUGCGGGUUUCCUAAAAGGAUUCCUAGUGGGAUCCCUCUGGGGAUCACAGAUCAGUGAAUGUGAGAUCUUGGCUUCCUUUUGAGAAAUAACAAGAAAUAGUGAUGAAGAAAGGAAAAUAAAUUAAAAAUACUGGAAAGGAAUAGAUAAAAUAACAUAUUAAUUCUUGUUUUUGGCACCAAACAGAACUGUCUGUUUGACCUGCCCGACAGAUUAUUUUGAUUUUUUCAUUCUGCUCAUAAAUAACUGCAGGAAAAUGAGAUUAACUGACUAAUAAAGACUAUAUACCAGAGGUUUGAUCAGCGGUCACGAUCUGUCCUGUGUAAUAACAGUCAGCCGACCCAAAUGGGCAUUACGAUCAAAACAAAACCAAAUUUGAGCGAUCUUCUGACCUUUAAUAUCAUUUCUGAAAAUACUUCUCUACAAAACAAAAGCAUAAAUCAUAGUUUAAGUAGAUUAUUUUGAAGUGGUUUGUUUACAGGUUUGAAAGGAUCAAAAUGUUGAUGUAUUGGUGUGGAUUAAUCUGUUUGCGUAUGAUUUGACCUCUGACCUGUUAGCUUAGCGGCUAACCUGGCGUGAAUCCUCUCGUCCUGCGCUGUUCCCGUUAAUCAUGUCUGCAAAGGCCUUUUAUAACGAAGCUCUGUGUCUCCGACUCGGUUACUGGGAGAGCUGGUUUUCCACCACUGCAUCCAUUCCACAUUCUGCAGCCUGUCCGGGUCUUUAACACACACACACACAGAGAAUCCCAGGAACUGAUGCUUUUCCUAUUUUUAAAUGUGAGAAAAUGAAGUGACUUGUGUAAAACGUAAUCCAAGUGAAAUAAAGCAAAUGGAUGACUGUUCCUGCCAGCCUGUUUCUUUCAGAGCUGUAAAACCUUCAUGUUGAUUCUGUGUCAGACUUUGAUUUUUCCGAAAAUCACAGGAGAACGGGAACAUGAGACCCGCACAGACUGCACAUCACCAGUCGUUUCACUGCGCCUCCCACCAUUCCCACUUAUGUUGGAGCAGAUGAUUUCCUCCCUCUUCAUAUCCAUGAUACCAAGGAGUUCCAGAGCUCCAGACCUUUUAAUCCCAGAGAAAAUCCAGAAAUUCUCAUUUUUCCUAAUGCUGUAACCUGCUAACAGAGCGACAGAUUAAAGAUCUCAAGUUAAACUCCAAUUAAGGUUUUUAGAAUUGGCCUGAAACGCAUUAAUCUCUGUGGAGAGGAACAGUUUAGGUUUUAUUUUUUUCUGUUCGGGCGACGUCUUCUGAUCUCACAGACGUCAGUUUUGAUUGUUCACAAGUCAAUGAAUGUUUCUCGUCUCCUUUAGUGUUUCCAUAUUUCCGUCUCAGUCUUUGAUCCCAGCCGUUUUUUGGAUUUCUUUGUUUGGAAUCUGUUCCUGUAUUUUUUAUGUCGUUUCUUUUUCCCCGUUUGAUUGUUUUGUUAAAGUUGUGGAUCUUUUUCAUCGUCAUCUCAUCCUCUUUUUGUCUGAUGAUGAUGAGCAUUAAGAAGACAUGUUGAGGUGAGACUGAUGGUCUCUCUGCUCAUUUUGUUCCCUAAACAGCUUUCUGCGGAAUAAACGAUCCAAAAAAAA